AUGUUCUGCAGAUAUUUCUGCUUCUUCAGUCUGUGUCUUUUCCUUCCAACCCAAAGGAGGUGCUCCCUGGGCCACGGGUCGGACACAGCAUCCCUCCCUGGAUUUGAGAACCUCACCACGGGAUACAACAAGUACCUCCGGCCCUACUUUGGUGGAGAACCUGUUCAAAUUGCAAUGAGUCUGGACAUUGCAAGUAUUUCCAGUAUAUCUGAGAGUGACAUGGAUUACACAGCUACCAUCUAUCUGCGGCAGCGCUGGACAGACCCCCGCUUGGUCUUUCAUGGCAACAAGAGCUUCACAUUGGAUGCUCGGCUAGUGGAAUUGCUCUGGGUACCAGACACCUACAUUGUGGGGUCCAAAAAGUCCUACCUGCAUGAUGUCACCGUGGGGAACCGCCUCAUAAGAUUGUUCUCUAAUGGCACUAUCUUGUAUGCCUUAAGGAUCACUACAACUGUUGCUUGUAACAUGGACCUGUCAAAAUAUCCUAUGGACACACAGACCUGCAGACUGCAGCUAGAAAGCUGGGGAUAUGAUGAAAACGACAUAAUCUUCACGUGGCUGAGAGGAAACGAUUCCGUCCAUGGCAUAGAAAAGUUGCGUCUCUCUCAGUACACAGUGGAACGUUACUACACCCUUGUCUCAAAGACCCAGCAGGAAACAGGCAGUUACCCACGACUGAUCUUCCAGUUUGAGCUGAGAAGAAAUGUUCUUUACUUCAUUUUGGAGACCUACGUGCCCUCCACUCUGCUCGUCAUGUUGUCCUGGGUUUCUUUUUGGAUCACAUUAGAUUCAGUGCCUGCAAGGACUUGCAUUGGAGUAACAACAGUGCUUUCCAUGACAACUCUGAUGAUUGGGUCACGAAGUUCACUUUCAAAAACCAACUGUUUCAUUAAGGCCAUUGAUGUUUACCUCGGCAUCUGCUUCAGCUUCAUCUUUGGUGCCCUUGUGGAAUACGCAGUGGCUCACUACAGCUCAUCACAAAAGUGUGCAGCUAAAACACCUCAAGAGGGGUCUUCAAAAGAACUCACUAAAGACAUGGAAGAAGUCAACAUUGCUAACAUCCUCACCAGCUACAGACAGAAAAUCAGCUUCACAAGCAUUGAGAUUUCCAGUGAUAAUGUUAACUGCAAUGACUUGACCAUGAAAACUCAUGAGAAAAUCAAACGUGUCUUGAGAAACAAAAUGCACAGGAUUACUGGUUAUUUCACAAUUCAGAACCCCAGCAAUGUAGACCACUACUCCAAAUUGCUUUUCCCUUUGUUCUUCAUGCUGGCCAAUAUGUUUUACUGGGCUUACUACCUAUAUUUUUAGUAGAAAUUAGUUGCUUCAUUCUCCUGCUUCAGUAGGAGAGGAGUCUUGCCAGGUAUCUAAGCUGGUAUCUA